AUGCCAAACUUACUCGACGGGGAAGAUCCUGAAAAGCUCAAUGGCGACCCUUUCGAAUUGCUUAGCAGUCUUGCUUUCGAACAACCGACUCUGUCACGACCUCACGCUCCACUGUCGAGCACAGCCGUGCUAUGUACAGGCAGCUGGGACAUGCCUGCAACGAAGUCAACAAGUACUGGUACGCUUGACGAAGAAACACCAUCACAAAGCAGCGAAGCUUCCGAGAUUCACAAAGACGAGCCUGACGAAAGUUCUUCCAGGAGGACAAACAUGACGUCAAAAGCACCUCGAAGUUCUCGAUUUUCACUUCUUGGAGCUGUUUCUGUGAGAUCAUCCCAGCGAGCUCCUCGGCAAAAGGGAUCUAGCUAUUUAAUCACAGCCAGUGAUAGACAAUUGGAUGGCAAUGUACCAGUACCAGUACCAGUACCGCCUACACAACCUCCCAUGGAUGAUGAUGCAGAUGAUGACGAUGAAGAAGAAGUUAUUCCAGGAGCUGAAGCCGUCGCCAGAGGUUCGGCAACUCUGCGACCUCUUCCCGCUGUACGAAAGGCAUCCUCUGCCUCAUCAGGAAAGCAACAGAGAAACGUUUCAGAGAGACCUGUUCGCAUUUCCAUGAGUGGAACAGAAAUGUUCACAGAGUUGUCAGAUGAACUUGUGGAGGCAGAACCAGUUAAGACCGAAGAAGAACUCAUGACAGAAAUCAGGAUAGAUACCGAAAAGAAGUACGAAGGGAAUGCUCGCCGUAGCAAACUUCUAGUAGCCGAGGAGAUAGAUCUGGAAAGUGCUGAAGAUUCGAGGAAACAACGAAGAUUCAAAGAAAUGGAAUCGAGAUGUUUUACAUCGCUCUGUUAUUGCUUUUUCUUUAUUCCUGUCCUCAUUGUUGUUAUCUUGACUGUCAAAAGAAACAUAAGUGACGAUACAGUUUUAACUACGGAUAAUCCUACAGCAUCCCCCACCUUUACAGAGGUAGUCACACCGUUCACGUGCGAGGAAGCAGCUCCCCUGAACGGAAACUCCUCCAUCGUGGGUUCUACAAGAGGUGCUCCUUCUCCAGGAGAUGUUCCACUCUGUUCUGGUCUGGCAUCGAAUGGCUUUGGUGCGUGGUUCGAAUUCGUUGGUGACGGAAACGUUGUCAACUGCACGACUUGCGAUCCGAACACCAACUUUGAUACGCAGCUCAGUGUUUUUACCGGAUCCUGCUCAAAGCUACAGUGCAUUGCCGCAAACGACCAAGGCAGUUCAGAGUCGUGCGGCAGCCAGUCAAAGGUGGAGUUCAGUACCAACCCCGGUGAGACUUAUUUCAUAUUUGUUCAUGGAAAACGGGAGGCAGAGGGACAGGUCGUUCUCAGCUUGAAUCCUGUCAUGCAAGACAAUGAUUCUUGUGGUUCAGCCGGUCCCGUUUUGCCGUCAGGUCUCAGUGAAAUCAUUGGAAAUACAUGGUUUGCGGCAACCAGCAAGACCGCCGACAAUUUUACUUGCUCGGAAUCGACGGUUCCAGGCCUAUGGUAUGCAAUGGAUGGAAAAGACGAGAACAUGACCAUCUCUACUUGUUCGGAAACAACCAAAUACGAUGGUGGCAUUACUGUUGCAACCGGAGGAUCGUGUAAUGGUUUAACGUGUGUUUCUACCACCAGUGAAGAUUGCAUUUCACCCUUUCGAGGAGCGAUAAAAACGUUUUUUGGCAAUGCUGGCACUACCUAUUACGUCAAGAUUCAUGGCAGUGAAGCUGCCCGUGCAGCGGCACUGUCGUCUCGACGGCUGCAAGAUGGAGCAAGUCCCGCUGAUGGACAGUUUGGUAUGGUAGCUCGAGAUGAAGUUGGCGCUUCUGGCUUCUUUGUUAAUAGGCAAGAAGCCUGUGAAGCGAGCCAAGAUGUCGAGAUUGAUGGCGAGCCAACCACAGGCACCCUAUAUCAAACAUCGAACUUGCUGUGGGAUUCGUUCUGCGAGGGAGACGGUCAAGGUGAAUAUUUGCGAGUCACGGGAACUGGCCUGAAUCUCACCGCCAAUACGUGCAACGACGACACGGCAAUUGAUACCACGUUGGCUGUACUGACUGGCGAUUGCUUAAAUCAACAAAUGGAAUGCAUUGCGUCGAAUGAUCAAUUCUGUGGAGACCAAUCAUCUGUAACUUGGUUUGCCGAAGAAGGGGUGACAUACUACUUGUUGGUCCGAUCCGUUGGAGCAAUUCAAGGGAAAUAUACUGUUUCAUUGAGCUCGUUAGUAGAUAUUAUUGAUCCAAUACAACAGUGCGAGAGUGCUCGUAUACGCGACGUACUUGGUGGAAGUAUAGCUGCUUCACUAAUUGGAGGGCAACCAUUUCGAUAUGAACCCAAGCUGGCUGGAAGCUGUGGAACAUCAUCAUAUGACAAGAGCCCAGCAACCUGGUUCAAGUUGGAUGACACUAGAGCAGGCACCAAACUUUUGCUUUCCGCGGAAGAUUGCUACAAUACAGCCCCUCUUGAGCUUACAGUCUUUAGCGGAAGUUGCGACGAGCUGAUUUGUGUUGCAGGUUCUUCGGAUUUUUGCAAUGAAAAUGUCGAAUGGGAAUGGGAAAAUGGACUUCCGUACUAUUUGAUGUUCCACGGCCCUGAUUCAAUCGGCGCAACCUUUAUAUUCAGUGCAGACACAGUGAUCUCAUAG